GCAGGCUGAGGUGUGGAGAUGCAAAUGCCUGAGCUAGAUAUAGCACCUGGGAGAGCUUGCAGCAGGAUACCAUGACUCGGGAGCUGCCCAACAGGACCCUGGUGCAAGACAGCUGCUAACACCCUCUGCUGCGGACUUCCUGCCAGCCAAGCACAGAUGAGCCCAUGCACCAUGCCGUCCUGCCAUGCUGUCAUCAUCAUCUCCCUGCUGCUGAUCCUUAUGGCUUCCCCAUGCUGGAGCUAUGAGGCCAUCGGGCCGGGAUGCCAUCUGCACCCAUUUGAUGUAACCAUCAAGAGCGACCGCCGUGGGACCUGCCGUGGGACCCAUGUGGUUCAGGCCUGUGUGGGCUACUGCGAAUCCAGUGCCUUCCCCUCCAAGUACUCCGUCCUGCUGGCCAGCAGCUUCAAACACAACAUCACCUCUGUGUCCCAGUGCUGCACCAUCAGCAAGAUGCAGAAGAUCAAAGUCCGCCUGCAAUGCCGGGCCAUCCGCCACGAAGAGAUAGAGAUCUUCACUGCCAAGAGCUGCCAGUGCGACAUGUGCCGCCUCUCCCGAUACUGACUCGGCCAGAGAAGCCCUCUCCUGCGACACCCAGGAACCCACAGCCUGGGCUUGUCUAGAACUGUGCAUAUUAACAUGUGUCAGCAGGGGCCACUGCAGUCCACACCAAGCUUGCUUUGCCACCACGAGAGGGCACCCCGGCUGCUCCCAGCUUUACCGAGAGCUUCAAUUUGCCAGUUUGCUGCUGCUGCUGUAGGUUUGUCUUUGCAAACAGAUACCAUUAGCAGUCAGCCCCCAGCCGGAACAAACCGCAGAGCCAGGCUCCCCAACCCAAGUAGGGCUGUAAAUGGGUGUUGCCUGUACGCUGGGCCUAGUCAGAGAAAUUCAUGGGCUCCUUUCCCCUCUGCUGUGUUGCCAAGAAGCCAAUACCUGACCUCAGGUUAAUGUAUCUGGCUAGAGCAGGGGUGGGCAAACUUUUUGGCCUUAGGGCUACAUUGGGGUUGCAAAACUAUAUAGAGGGCCAGGUAGGGA